UCUUUUCUGUGCAUUUUUUAUUUUAUUUUAUUAAAGGAGAAUUAAAAUGAAUGAUAACACAGUAUCCACUUUUGAGCUUGGCGACGCCCUGGCCACCCGCUUUGGAAACACACUCACCGGCGUUUUUGUGCCGGGUUCCAAAAUAGCGCUCAGUGCCUACCGUCACGUCAAGUGGAAUUCAAGAGAUGUCCCCAGCGAAACAGCCGGCCAGGAUCCCGUGCUCAUCUAUCUGGCUCAGGAGACUACACUGUUCGACGAGCCUGUACUGCGAAGUCUGCUUGCCGAGUCGAACAUCACCUUUGCAACGUUGCAAGAAUUGGGUCAGAGGGCUCCAAGGGCUGAAUAUCUGAGAAUUUCACACAUGUACCGCAGUGUAGUGCGGGCCAGCCUUGAGAGGCUGGAGCAUGCUAAAAAGUCGCCAGAGGUACAGAUGGAUGAAGAGCGUCAGCAACGCAUUAGCGAAACCGUCAUUGUCUUCUAUGCGGCAGAGUGCCUCUGGCAUCUCUUCGAGAUUCUCUACAUGCAGCAAAGUCAACUUAUUGUUCCCCAGCUACUCGACUGGGCACGUUUUUAUGCACCGCAAAUCGAGGAUCGAGCCACCGAUUUUCUACUGAUGGCUGAAGAGGCCAGUGAGAAUGAUGAUUAUUGGAACGUUCUAAAGUCUCUAGUCAUGGUUGGCGCCCUGGACGUCACACGUGCCAUCCUUCGCCAGAAUCGCAAGGCUAGCCAACCAGCUUUCAAGGCAGCAGAACUGAUACUUGCAUCCAUGCCCGUCUAUAAGGAAGGAUUUCCACUGAAGAAGUUCAACUCGCAAUGGGAGCAUUGGCAUGUGGAUGCGGAGCGUAAGAUCCGGGCAAAUACAUUUGGGUCUGAGCCAGAGCUCGAGCAGAUCCUUCAGCUUGUCACAGGCAGCAAUGAGCACUGGGAUGCCGGCAUCAAGGAGUCAAACGAAUGGUACGAGUUCCUACCUGGCUACCUGCUCUACACCAAACCCACCUGCAAGCCCUUUGAGCUGAAAAUUGCUGCGGCCAAUUGGUUGAAUCGGUGGACACUUCUUCGGCCCAACAGCCAGUUGAACAACAUGUCCCGAAUGAUCUCUCAGCUCAUGGAGCAUGAUCUAAGGCUCUUCAUUUAUGAUACCCAGAGGAUCAACGACACCAAUUGGCUAACUACACAUAUGAUUGAUUUGAUCUAUCAUUCCGGAGAGUUAAAGGGCUAUUUUGAGCAAAACAACAUUGAUCUUCCGGCACUGCGCCACUCUAUGAUAUACGAGUAUGGCAGCUAUUUGAUGAGCACACGGAGCUUAUGGCAGCUGGGAAUUGAUUAUUUGGACUGUUGCAAGCAGGAAGGUAAAGCGGCCAUGGAGCUACUUCUGCCACGCAUAUCGCUGCGUAGCGACCGGCAUGCCCUUAAGCUCAUGAGCGUAGCCAGGAAACGGGGCCUGAUUGAUGUGGAGCAGGAGAUAUGCAAAGUCCUGUCCAGGCAAUCAUUCGAUGAUGAGCGCUAUGGAAACGCCUUAGAAUGGGGCAUACGGUCUAAGGAUGUGCUGUUGGUCACGGGAAUAGCUGACUUUAUAUUGAAGAAUUAUUCUCAGACGGGCAAUAUGCUUUGUCCGGAUGUCAUUGUCCACAUUAAAAGUCGCAUGUUCAUCUCGCCGCGAUUAGUUUUCCUCUCCAAGUACUUUGAGUUCUACGAGCUAUAUCGCAACCGUGACUUUCUGGCUGCGGUCGAGCUACUGGUCAAUCUAUUGAACUCCAAAAUAACUCCAGAUUACUUCUGGCCCUCUUUGCUCAUUGACACAGUGCCACUGCUGGAGUCGAAGGAUCCGAAAAUCUUCUCAAAUGAAACUGUAGCGAUUCUGCAUCAUUUGGAAACGGAGCUGGUGCCCAUUAUAGAGCGUAACACGGACAAAUUAGGAAACCAGAAAAAUGCAGAGACCGUGUUCAAGGACUAUCGCGCGGAAAAUAUAGAUGAGAUUCUCAAUAUUUUGCGCCUGGCAUGCGCGCGCAAUUUGGCCAGGUCCCUAGUCAUUGAAAACACAAGUCCAGAAUCGUAAAUUUGAAUGCAUUUUUAGUAUAAUUUAUUUUUGUAUUUUCUUUCCAAUACAUCGUAAUUUGUUAUA